CACGUAGCUUACGGAUACAGCUUUUACCCAAUCGCCAGCAUCCUUCUCCUGGGGCUGAACCUCUCCCCCAGGACUGUCAGGAGGAGGGGAGUGAUAAAGAUCCCAGGACUCCGUUUUGCCUUCCUUCCCCACCCCCACUCCCAACGGCUCCUUUCUCUUCUCUUAGCAGUACCCAGCUUGCCCACCCAUGCUCAAGAUGGGCGGGAUGCCAGCCUGUUACAUAAAUGUGCCAAAAGCCUGGCCAUGCCUGGAAAAUGGACCAAUCCGCCCGCCAAGAGGUUGGGUCUCGUUCCCUAGAGAGAAGAAAGUUUCCUCUCUUUGCAGUGAGAGCUAGAAUCGCACUUUCUGUCAAGCUGAGAGAAAGACUCUUUUCCAGAGGCUAAAAGGACAAGAAAAUCUGAUUUGCUUGCUUCUAACUUUGCGUUUUAAAGGGGGAAGGAGGAAAGGAAAGAGGGGGAGGGUGGUUCUGCUUAGCCCCACCCCUCCGGCUACCCCAAGUCCAGCCCUCCAUUCCGGUGGAGGCAGAGGCAGUCCUGGGGCUCUGGGGCUCGGGCUUUGUCACCGGGACCCGCAGGAGCCAGAACCGCUCGGCGCCGCCUGGUGCAUGGGAGGGGAGCCGGGCCAGGAGUAAGUAACUCAUACGGGCGCCGGGGACCCGGGUCGGGCUGGGGGCUUCCAACUCAGAGGGAGUGUGAUUUGCCUGAUCCUCUUCGGCGUUGUCCUGCUCUGCCGCAUCCAGCCCUGUACCGCCAUCCCACUUCCCGCCGUUCCCAUCUGUGUUCCGGGUGGGAUCGGUCUGGAGGCGGCCGAGGACUUCCCAGGCAGGAGCUCCGGGCGGAGGUCGGGUCCGCGGCAGACCAGGGCAGCGAGGCGCUGGCCGACAGGGGGCGCUGCGGUGCCAGCCUGAGGCUGGGCUGCUCCGCGAGGAUACAGCGGCCCCUGCCCUGUCCUGCCCUGCCCUGCCCUGCCCUGCCCUGCCCUGCCCUGCCCUGCCCUGCCCUGUCCUGUCCUGUCCUGCCCUGCCCUGUCCUGCCCUGCCCUGCCCUGCCCUGCCCUGCGUCCUCAGACAAUAUGUUAGCCGUGCACUUUGACAAGCCGGGAGGACCGGAAAACCUCUACGUGAAGGAGGUGGCCAAGCCGAGCCCGGGGGAGGGUGAAGUCCUCCUGAAGGUGGCGGCCAGCGCCCUGAACCGGGCGGACUUAAUGCAGAGACAAGGCCAGUAUGACCCACCUCCAGGAGCCAGCAACAUUUUGGGACUUGAGGCAUCUGGACAUGUGGCAGAGCUGGGGCCUGGCUGCCAGGGACACUGGAAGAUCGGGGACACAGCCAUGGCUCUGCUCCCCGGUGGGGGCCAGGCUCAGUACGUUACUGUCCCCGAAGGGCUCCUCAUGCCUAUCCCAGAGGGAUUGACCCUGACCCAGGCUGCAGCCAUCCCAGAGGCCUGGCUCACCGCCUUCCAGCUGUUACAUCUUGUGGGAAAUGUUCAGGCUGGAGACUAUGUGCUAAUCCAUGCAGGAUUGAGUGGUGUGGGCACAGCUGCUAUCCAACUCACCCGGAUGGCUGGAGCUAUUCCUCUGGUCACAGCUGGCUCCCAGAAGAAGCUUCAAAUGGCAGAAAAGCUUGGAGCAGCUGCUGGAUUCAAUUACAAAGAAGAGGAUUUCUCUGAAGCAACGCUGAAAUUCACCAAAGGUGCUGGAGUUAAUCUUAUUCUAGACUGCAUAGGCGGAUCCUACUGGGAGAAGAAUGUCAACUGCCUGGCUCUUGAUGGUCGAUGGGUUCUCUAUGGUCUGAUGGGAGGAGGUGACAUCAAUGGGCCCCUGUUUUCAAAGCUACUUUUUAAGCGAGGAAGUCUGAUCACCAGUUUGCUGAGAUCUAGGGACAAUAAGAUACGUGGCUUCAGAGAGAGCAAGAAGGCUGAGGAGGAUGAGGAGGGCAGGGUGAGGCUCUCUCCCCAGACUGAUGAUCUCCUUUCCCUUGUCUUAGUACAAGCAAAUGCUGGUUAAUGCUUUCACGGAGCAAAUUCUGCCUCACUUCUCCACGGAGGGCCCCCAACGUCUGCUGCCGGUUCUGGACAGAAUCUACCCAGUGACCGAAAUCCAGGAGGCCCAUAAGUACAUGGAGGCCAACAAGAACAUAGGCAAGAUCGUCCUGGAACUGCCCCAGUGAAGGAGGAUGGGGCAGGACAGGACGCGGCCACCCCAGGCCUUUCCAGAGCAAACCUGGAGAAGAUUCACAAUAGACAGGCCAAGAAACCCUGUGCUUCCUCCAGAGCCGUUUAAAGCUGAUAUGAGGAAAUAAAGAGUGAACUGGAA